GGCGCCCGAUUUGGACCCGGUGACCGCAGCCUGGGGCCGGAAGCUCUACCCCGGAACGGGCGCGCCCAGAGUCGCCGCUCCGGGACUCAUGUUCGGCUUGCACCACCACCAGGAUGCCACGGGCCUGCACCACCACCACCAGCCGCGCGGGCCCAGUCUCAAGGAAGAGCCGCUCUCCACGACUCGUUCCUGGAUGCAGCCUACUGUACCGGAUCAAACCGGGAUUGGCGUGGGGAGAGCACAUUUCGAGAAACAACCUCCAAGCAACUUACGAAAGUCCAAUUUCUUCCAUUUCGUCAUCGCUUUGUAUGACCGGGCGGGACAACCCGUGGAAAUCGAAAGGACGGCUUUCAUCGGAUUUAUCGAGAAGGAUCAGGAGGCCGACGGCCAGAAAACGAACAAUGGAAUCCAGUAUAGGCUGCAGUUGCUCUACGCUAACGGUGUGCGGCAAGAGCAGGAUAUCUACGUGAGACUCAUCGACUCCGUCACCAAACAAGCCAUAGUAUACGAGGGACAAGACAAAAAUCCCGAAAUGUGUCGAGUGCUUUUGACACACGAAAUAAUGUGCAGUCGUUGCUGCGACAAGAAGAGUUGCGGGAACAGGAACGAAACACCUUCAGACCCUGUGAUAAUAGACAGAUUCUUUCUCAAAUUCUUCUUAAAGUGCAAUCAAAACUGUCUGAAAAAUGCCGGCAAUCCCAGAGACAUGAGACGGUUUCAAGUCGUCAUAGCGACGCAGGUGUCCGUCGAUGGACCUCUGCUCGCCAUCUCCGACAACAUGUUCGUACACAACAACUCCAAGCACGGCAGAAGGGCGAAAAGGCUCGAUCCUACCGAAGGUCAAUUUCCAGGCCUCUACCCACCGCUGCCCGUGGCCACCCCCUGCAUAAAGGCCAUAAGUCCGAGCGAGGGAUGGACGUCAGGCGGAUCGACUGUUAUCAUAGUCGGAGAUAAUUUCUUCGAUGGUCUUCAAGUGGUUUUUGGAACGAUGUUAGUUUGGAGCGAAUUGAUAACACCCCACGCUAUUCGAGUUCAAACACCCCCAAGACAUAUUCCAGGAGUGGUCGAGGUCACAUUAUCAUAUAAAUCAAAACAAUUCUGUAAAGGAGCACCAGGCAGAUUCGUCUAUGUUUCCUUAAACGAACCAACGAUAGACUACGGAUUUCAGAGGCUACAAAAGCUCAUACCGAGGCAUCCGGGAGAUCCAGAAAAGUUACCAAAGGAAAUUAUUCUAAAAAGAGCAGCGGACUUAGCUGAAGCACUCUACACAAUGCCAAGAAAUAAUCAAUUGUCAUUAUCAGCGCCAAGGUCACCGACGAUGGCAAAUAACGGAAUGACGUCCACUUUCAAUACGUAUACGGGGCAACUGGCUGUCAGCGUUCAGGACAACGGAAACGGUCAGUGGACAGAAGAGGAGUACGGGAGGGCGCAAAGUAGCAGCGUCUCGCCGCGUGGUGGAGGCUACUGUUCGAGCGCGUCAACCCCCCAUUCGUCCAACGGAGGCUCUUAUGGAGGCAACAUGAACGGAUACGGGGGCGCGACCCCCACAAGUAGCGCGCAACUGUCCAACAUGCUGCCCAGUUCGCCUUCGGCCGGAAUUUUCAAUUCCACCCCAAUUGCAACCGAGGCGGGUCAUUAUCAUUUUGGCGCACACAACAGUAAAGCGGCGGCAGCGUCGGAUAAAGAGAAAAGCGCGUUUGCCCCUGUGAUACGGGGGAGUGUGACUCCCCCAACUCACCCCCCGGCACCCGCGCUUUUCCACCACCAGCCCGUCACUGGCUGGCACCACUUGGCUGUGCAGUGAAUGGGUCUAGUCUCUUCACCUUUCGCAUCUAUGAACCCAUUCGCUUUACCAACAUGUAACUCCCAAAGUUACGGGUCACCUUUAGUAGGUACCACCAAGUAGCCAACGGUGGGCCAAUCAAGCCCAAUAAGUCAACACAGCACAACUCCCACACCUCAAGAAGACAACAGUGCAAUGUAUUCAGUGUAACGUGUACCAAAGACAAGUGACUAUUAGACAAUUUUAUUACAAAAUCAUAAAAUAAGUUACCGAAGAGAAGUAAAAUUAGUGUUGUUGAUUUUUUGAUAGUCAUAUAAGCCUGAAAAAAAUAUUUAUAUGUACAGGUCUGGUUGAUUUAUAUUUUCGUUGAACAGUCCUGUGUUUCCUACCAGCAGAUACAUACCUACUUAACUGUGAUCACGUAAAAGCCAGUAAAUACUUAUGUGAUAGUAACGACCAUGUAAGUAUUUAUAUCUAUGGCCUAGAAUAUAGAUAUUUCUGCACUGUAAUGACAAAUUAAUCUAAAUUGCAAGUUUAGCAUAUCUCUACUGAAUAUACAUAUCGCUUCGAGCUGGGAUUCUAUAAAGAAACGAAAAUGAUUUGUAGUUUUGUAAAAAAAAAUGUACAUAUAACUUCAUUUUUCAAAUGUACAAAGUUGUAAAGUAACAGAUAGGUUACGUAACAACGAGUCAACGAUUAUAUAUUUUGUAAAUUUAUCAUAUCAUAGUGCAAAGUUUUCGUGUAGCUGUACAUAAUAUAGAUUUAAAAGCAAUUUUAGUGACGAAUAUACAUUACAUACGUGUCUUUGCAGUCCUCUUUUUCCGAAGUGAGACCAUUCGAGUAUACGAUUGUGCAAAAUUCUAACACUUCAUUUAACUUUACUAAAUUUAUAUUCGUCAUACUCUUAGACUUUUUUACUUUAUGUUUGGUUUUCCCAGCAUUGGAAAAAAUAUCAAUAUCAUUUAACUUGAAAUAAUUACUGUGUGUAAAUAUGUAUACCAAUUCAUUGUUAUUUUAUUUGUACAGUAAAAGCGUUUUUUGGAAAUCAAUGUUUUCCUAGGACGAUUUUGCUCCUUGUCUUAUUUAUUUCAACAACGAAUA